AAGUCCUCGCUGGGUGCAGCUCAUCGUGCGCUUGCAAAACCCAUGCGUAUAAGAGCGGGCUCGGCGACGGGACGAGGACGAGGAGGAGAAGAGAACGAGAACAGGAGCGGACGGACACGUGCGAUGAGUAGCACCAGAACUUUCUCGCCGGCGGUGGUGGCGGCAGGGCAGCAGCACGUCCGCGCGCCGCGCGGUGGGCUGCCGCGGCCCAGCAGGCCGGCGGCGGGCUCGCCGGGCCAACGGUCCGCGGGUGGCGGCGGCGACGCCGCGUGGGGGCAAGCGGGGCGCAGCUGGUGGGGCGCUGGAGGUGGAUUGCCGGCGGCCGCGUCGUCGAGGCGGCAGCCGUGCAGAGCUGGCGCUGACCGGGCGCCGGCGGGGAACCGGGAGCUGGUGCGGCGGGCGCUUUCGCCGCCGGCCACGGGCGCGCGCGGCGCGGCGCUGAGGAGGUGGAGCUUCCGGCCCAUGCCGAGCCGGCUGCGCAACGUGUCUUGCUUGACCUCGACGGCGGCCCCUACAUCCCCACGGCCAUCGUGACUUUGCUUAGCGUGAGGUCGUCGCAGGCUUACAGCUGGGCUCAUUCCCGUGCCUGUUGCGUUUUUUGGUGUUGUUUUUGCCUAGGAGUGGUUUCAGUAAUUUUUAUACAGUUUGACUAAUUCACGUCUACAUGUUUUUUAAGAUAUCACAUCUAAGCUCCCAUAAAUAUAUAGUGCAGCAACAAGAAACAAAAAAAACUAGGAAAAAAAAAGACCACAAACAGAGUGGACAUCAGCUUAGAUGUGACAUAACUAUGUCACAUCUAGAUGUGUCCUAAACAGACCCAUUUUUAUAAGCCAGUGCCUGUUUUUCUCGAA